CGUUCGCUGUGAGACGUAGAGCAGAAGUACCGAAGCUGCUAGUGAGAUGCCUGUGGCCAUGGGUCCCUACGGACAGUCCCAGACAAGCUGCUUCGAUCGCGUGAAGAUGGGCUUUGUGACGGGCUGCGCCGUGGGCAUGGCGGCCGGCGCGCUCUUCGGCACCUUUUCUUAUCUAAGGAUCAGGGAGCUGAUGGACGGCAUCGGGAAAACCAUGAUGCUGAGUGGCGACACCUUUGGCACAUUCAUGGCCAUCGGGAUGGGCAUCAGAUGCUAAUCGGGGCUACUGUUGCCUGCUAUAUCUACCCCCUCUCCAUAAGUCGCCAACCAUGUACUAUAAUAAAACAAAUUUUUGAGUUAAAAAAAAA